ACGGCUGCACAUGUCCGGCCACUCGCCAGGUCGCCUUGCAAACGUGUGCGUCGACUCCCUGAGGGGCGGCGUGUCUCCCCCUUGAACGGAUAACCGCUGUUGCGAUCGCCGCCCUACUGCUCAGACAGAAGAGGCCAGCAUGUGAAAACCAACUAGACCUAUCUUACAAGAUAUCCUGGGUCCCAAGUGCCUACCUCGUCACUCUAUCUGGAUAAUCACGAUCUACAGCACCACUACAGUGUCACGACAACGCUGGAUGACGUCACGGACUUCAGCGCCACCACAUCGAGGCUAUGGGCACCACUGACUAUAAAAGCAAGAUACAGACUUCGAUGGACCACCGGGCAUGGCGGCUCUGCUGGCACGAUGAGCUCAAGCCCAUUUGUUUUUGCCAUACAGGUGGCACUCAGCUGUACCACUGCAGUGCUGCGGAAAUUGCCAACUCCAGUGGCUUUGCAACAGCUGUUUCACAGCAUGUCGGAAGAACGCAAGCAUUGCAGAGGAGCCAUUUGACCUGCCGCCACACUAAUAUUGUAUUUGGACUUUUCCAGGUCCACUUCCUGUUGCUGCACUCUGAGAAAAAGGGAAUGACCCUUGCUGCAUUAGGGACAAACGAUGAUGUCCCCUGCGUUCGUCCUGAAAUGAAGAAGCUUUGUUGCCUCAUGCAUGGGAGCACCGGCUUCUUUCUCUCCAAAACCAACAUGGCCGACUGCAAGCAGGCGAAGCGAUGCACUUGGCUAUAGGCUUACGAACUAUGCUCGAUUUCAGCUGCAAAAUCAACGUGUGCCCGAAACGUAGUGUACGUUACUGAUAUUAGAGGGAAAAAAAUGAAUCACAAUAGGCAUUCUUACGCAUUUUCGGCACAAAUGUAUUACUGUAUAUUACUGUACCAAGUAUAUAAUUAUGUUGCUUUCGGUUGAUUCCUUGCCUUUUUUUGUUAUUACAGCUUGCAGCGAUGCUUUUUCUCAUCGUUUUAGCUAACAUUGUAUUAACAAAACAAAGCCUGUAUUAUGUGUUUUCCAGUAUGUUCCACUCCCCUCUGUAAUACAUCUGGCCUUAAGGGUAACACAAACAAUUAAAUAAAUAGGUAAAUAAAUAAGGAAACAAAUAAAUCA